GCCGCCACACGCGUCAACACUUCCCGGGGUAAGACCGGGGCGGCUGGGUAACAACGAACGCCUCGAGCAGCCUACGCCUAGCCGUGUAUAAGUAGAGGUGCAUGCCGAGAGCCACAGAUCAGGAGCGGCAAGUGCGGUGGACAGCGAGCGAUCGAGACUCGAGAGAGGACAGUGCACAGCCCGGAGCGGUCAGGUCUCGAGGGGUUUCUUCUCGUGCGAGCGGGAGCGUUCUGACGGCGGCGGCGGGCCGGGAUGGCGUCGCAGCAGGCGGAGAGGGCGGCGGAGCUGCAGGACCCGGAGAUCCGGGCGGAGCUGGACCGGCGCGUCCGCGAGGAGGGCGAGACCGUCGUCAAGAGCGGCGGCGGCGGCACCACUCUCGACGCCCAGGAGCGCCUCGCCGAAGGGCGCAAGAAGGGAGGGCUGAGCCGCACGACGGAGUCCGGCAAGGACCGCGCCGAGAAGGAGGGCGCGGUGCGCGUCGAGCCCGACGAGAAGCAGCUCCAGCAGGCUAAGAAGAGCCUCGGCCGCGACUGAUGCGUUGACCACCGUAGCUUACUCUGUAGUAUGUACUCCAAUAUACUACUAUUAGUACAAUAACAGCUAGCCGUAGCCGUAGUCUGGCUAGCUGCUCUAGCUGCUGCAAGGGUGUAGAUGAAGUAUGUAGGUGACGGCCAAAGGCUACAAAAUUUUGGUCUCUGCAUUGUAGCCAUCGCCCUUGGACACGACGGUAGUGUGUGUUUCAUUUUGCGUCUCUGUCCACUAGUUAUGGUACGAUGAAGGUAGCACCUCUCUGGUGCCUGCACGACUGGACGUCUCCUUGCUGUAGCCUUGAGCCCAGUAUAAAUAUGAGAGGUCAGCCCCUGUUAU